ACAUCCUGUAGGCAUUUCUGAUUCGAUUCUCUUCUCUGUAUGCGUGUGGUGCCUCCCUCCUCUCCGCUCCACGCCCGCUAGCUCUUGCUAGUUGUCCGCCAGUGCAUCAUAGCCUCGCAGCCUUGCCCAAUAUAAUGGUCGUCGCCGCCAUUUCUCCCCUAGUCGCGGUCACAGAAGCCUUCUCUUCCUCCUCCCUGCGCGUCUCUUCCACUUUCCGCCUCGUCUCCCCUUCCACCUCGGCUCUCCGCACCACCGCCACGUCCCCUCCGCGCGUCCCCUUCACGAAUCCAGCCUCUUCCGCCGCUCCUUCCGCCGCUCGCCUCUCUGGUUCCGCGUUCCUCGGCGCAAAGCUCCCCGCGCGGUCCUCUACCGCAGAUUCAGGGAGACGUCGGGUGGUUCGUGCUCGGGUGGUGACGGCGAUGGCAGCAGCAGCGAAGAUCUCGGAGCCGGUCGAAGUCCUCGUGAAGGCAGCCGCAGGAUCGCCGGAUAAGCUCGGAGAUUGUCCCUUCUCCCAGCGCGUGCUGAUCACUCUGGAGGAGAAGGCCCUGCCCUACACCUACCGCCUCGUCGACACGGCCAACAAGCCACAAUGGUUCCUGGACGUGAAUCCCGAGGGCAAGGUGCCGGUGGUCAAGACGAACGACGGGUGGCUCGCUGACUCUGACGCCAUCACCGCGGCUCUCGACGCUGAAUUCCCCCAGCCGCCCCUUGCCACGCCGGAAGACAAGCAGUCCGUCGGCGCGGGUCUGUUUGGCGCGUUUGUGAAGUUCCUCAAGAGCAAAGACGCCGCUGAUGGCACGGAGCAGGCGCUGCUGGGAGAGCUCUCCGCGCUGGAGGGCGCCCUCAAGACCUCGGGCGGUCCGUUUGUGGCCGGGGAGAGGGUGACGGCAGUGGACAUUGCCCUCUCGCCCAAGCUGUACCACAUGACCGUCACGCUGCCGCACUACAAGAACUGGCACAUCCCUGAGGAGUUCACACGCGUGCAUGCAUACAUCAAGGCACUGCACAGCAGGGAGAGCUUUAAGAAGACGGCAGCACCCCCGGAAGUGGUCAUUGCAGGGUGGAACCGUGCUCUUGGCAUCUCUGCCUGAACUGCUCUGCCUGUCUGGACUGGAUCGCGAAUACUACUAGUGGGGACAUGAUACCUGUGGUCUCUCUUGUUGUACGUGAUGGUGCCUACAGACAUAGUGAAACGGUAGUGAAAGGAGGUGUGCAGGUACUGCAACCUAGGUGCUGCUGUGAGCUGGUACUGUUACAACAUUGCUAGCUAGUGGGGGGGGGGGUGGUUGUUCUGCUACGCUCUUAUGAGCUUCUAGUAGACAUGAAUUGCUGUAAUGAAAUGGUAUCUCCUAA